AUGUCUAGAGAAGAAUUUAUAAAUUUAAUAAUAAUUUACUACAAAGAAUAUUUUAAUAAUGAUAAGAAAGACGUGGAUAAAGAAAGUACUACAAUUGAUAUUUUUGUAAAAAUAUUUUUAAAUGAAGCAAAAUUUAUUAAAACUUUAAAAAAACAAUGGAAAGGCUUAAAAUGUGCCGCUUUGCUUUUUGUUGAUCAAAUAAUAGAUUUAAAUAAAAAAGAAAUUGAGGAAGGAAGGAUAUUAUAUUUAAAUAGUCUUCAUAAAAUAUUAAAAUUAAAAAUGUUGUAUGAAUCAACGAGUAAUUUUAAUGAGGACUUUCGUGAUGCUUUUGAACAACAGGCAGAUAAUAAAGCAAAAUUAAUUGAUGCAAAAUUACAAAAAGAAAAUUUAAAGAAGGAGCAUACAGAAAUGAUUGAAAUAUUGAAAAAAGAGCGGAAAGAAUUUAAUGAUUUAAUUAAUAGUAAUAAUUUUGAUAAUAAAUAUCCUAUAGUAAGGCUGAGGAAGCUCCUCACAGAUUAA